CGAUAACCUACUCUGUAUAAAUGAAAAAUUACUAUCAAUACUUUUAGUGUUUCCGCGUACGUCGCGGCACGUGGUCGUGAGUCACUUGUGUAGCUAUGUCUGCUUCAACCGGUCUCAUUUUAAUAACAACAUUGUUUAUACACGGCGAUGAUGCCGCGCGAAUAUUGGCUUACUAUCCGACGCCGUUAAUAAGUCAUCAAGCUGUUUUCCGGCAUUUAACUUUAGAAUUGCAUAAAAGAGGACAUGAACUGGUUGUGAUAACAACUGACCCUAUGUUUUCAAGAGAAGAAGCACCAGCUAAUCUCACAGAAAUAAAUCUUCACGACAUGUCUUACAACGCAUGGAAAACUGAAGCUUCAAUGCCUGCAACAGCCACGCAAGGCAACAAGGAGAGUUUUCAAAAGCAAUAUGCUCCGAUUUAUAAGCUUUUAGUUAAAUUAGUAGGAAUGCAACUAUCUACACCGGAAGUACAGGCUCUUAUAAAAGACAAGACAAAAACUUUUGAUUUGAUCUUACUCGAAGCGUACAUAGAUUCGGCUUUAGGAUUAAGCCAUGUGUUCAAGGCACCAGUUAUACAGUUCAGUUCUGUUGGAGCAGCUGUGAAUAAUUUGGAAGUUAUUGGGGCACCAAUGCAUCCGCUGUUAUUUCCCACAUUGGUUCACUCGAGGAUUUACAACCUCACUUUAUGGGAAAAGUUGACUCAAAUAAAAACUUUUAUCGAUCAUGUCUUAAUUAUGAAACAAACAAAAAUUUACGCUGAAGAGAUGCUAAAGAAUGUUAUAGGUCCGGAUGUUCCACCUAUGGAUGAAUUGUGGAAAAACGUUGAUAUGUUGUUUUUGAAUGUAUUCCCAAUGUGGGACUUUAACCGUCCUCUGCCUCCCAAUGUUAUUCUCUUGGGUGGUAUACAUCAGAAACCAGAGAAAGACUUACCAAAGGAUCUUAGCGAGUUUUUAGAUGCAUCCAAAAAUGGUGUCAUAUAUGUCAGCUUUGGGACUAACGCUGAUGCAGCGCUCUUACCACCACACAAGUUAGAGGUAAUGGUAAAUGUUUUCUCAAAAUUGCCAUACGAUAUUUUGUGGAAAUGGAACAAUGAUGAGCUGCCGGGACGCACUAAAAACAUAAGGAUUUCCAAAUGGUUACCGCAAGCAGAUCUGUUAAAACAUCCCAAAAUCAAGCUUUUCAUUACACAAGGGGGCAUGCAAUCAACUGACGAGGCUAUCGAUGCUGGAGUACCACUGAUUGGCAUACCGCUGCUGGGAGACCAAUGGUUUAACGUAGAACAGUAUAUGUUCCAUAAAAUCGGGCUAUACGUUGACAUAGAAACGAUCACUGAGGAGAAAUUUGGAAACGCCAUUAAGGAAAUUCUUUAUAAUGACAGUUAUCGACGCAACAUCAGGCGUCUAAAAACCUUAAUACAAGACCAGCCUCAGACCCCCCUUGAGCGUGCCGUGUGGUGGACGGAGUACGUCAUCAGAAACGGCGGCGCGCGGCACCUGCGCUCUCCAACUGCCACCAUCACCUGGGCGGAGUACCUGGAAUUGGAACUCGUAUUCUAUAUACUGCUGACCAUAAUAUCAGUGGCCAUUGCUAUCCUUUUUAUCUGUUGUAAGAUUUACAGACUAUUGACUCGUACCAGUAAAAAGGUUAAAAAGAGUUAAUGUUCUCUUUUUGGGGUAAGUAUUCAAAUUGAUGAGAAAUAUGGACGCCUUCGCUAUCGUUCAUAGUGGCGUUAUUCUCUCUGCUCAACGUAUUCUGCACUGACAUCCGCUGUGUAGUUUAAUUUAAUAAAAUAAAUAGUUAUAUUCUUUAAAUUGUCCUUGCUUUUAUUUCAUCAGGUUAUGGGCCGUCCCAAGCUUGCCGUAAAAAGUUAUUUCUGCAUUUUGGUCAGUAAUUACAAGAAGUAGUCGCAAGCAUAACCUAACUUUUAGUUACCGGGCUGGCGAGUGUUUUUUUUUAUUUUUUAGCUUAUUAUAUUUUAAAUUGAAGUUAUAUACAAAUCGAACAUUAUAAAUAUGGCUGGAAAUAAUUCAUGAUAGCAAUUGAGAAAUUAACGGGUCGUGAUAAUUGGGCAAGCUGGAGUUUUGCGGUCAAGGCAUACCUAUAACACGAAGAUUUAUAUAGCUAUGUGUUAAAAGAAUCAGACCUUGUCUCAGUCAGACAAGACAUCAAAGCUAAGUCAAAGUGAUUUCUAUUAUUUCAUCCGAUUAUUUAAUUAGUUAGUUGUGUAUGAACGCAUGAAAUAAUAUAGUCGCCUUCAUAAGAAGUUAGAAUGUUGUGUUUAGAAUAUUAUAGGUAGUGAGUUUAUAUGCUGAUCAUAACAAAAACUGAUACCUACCGAAAGCUUCCCCGCACCAAAAACGGCAAUUCGAGGAAACAUAAAUCAACAUAGGUAGGUAACUUUAUCCCAGUUUCGUAUACUCAUACGUCAUCGAUCAAGCGACGAUUAAAUUAUGACGAAAGCUAAUGGAUUGUAGACGAUCCCUCCAAUAGAUGUCACAUUCUCGGGUCAGAUUGGUGAAGUGCUACAAGAUUUAUCUUUGUUUAGAUUGGUUGGACAAUUUUCGUUCGUUUAUUGGUGACCAAGCUGAUUUUAUGGCAAAUUGUAUGUAAGCUCAAUUGGCGUCUUCUGGAAUUGGUAAUUUUUAUUGGCAUUUGGUUGGGAAUUUCAAAUUCAUUUUAUUUCUGAUAGAAAGCUGCGUUUUGAUGAAUUAAAUGAUUUAUUUGUUGACGCCAUUAAUCUGAUAAUUAAAUGUAAAAGUUCUAGAUUUUUGGUUCAAAGCUUUUACUUUGGCAAUUAAACCUUUGGCCUCAAUUACUUUCUGCUGUCUGGAGAUAUUUCCACGACAGAGGACCACUGUAAAAUAACAUUAACUUUUAGUAGUAAUAAUUAAGUUUCCAAGACUGCACGGCAAUAAGUGAUUGGCACACUAUUGCCGCGUCAACUGUUUUCACGUUAACAAGUGGUAUGUAGUAAUUCACUAAACCCAUUGAGAAGAAAAAUGUUAUAAUGUACUUAAUGUAAAUUUAUUUACUCAGUAAGAUUACUGCAAACAGAAAAUGUGAUACGCCUAGUUUAGUAAAACAAAAUGUUUUGGUCCUUUGGGUCAAACAUCAUAUCGAUGACGUGAAGAACAAUAGCCCGUAUUAUGUUCAUGAAAUAACUAGUGACCUCGAUUUCUUUCUCCCAGCAUAAUAUACCUAUUUAUAACUUACGUAAACUGUGACCUUGUGUAAAGGGGCGAUUCAUUGAACUGAACAGUUUAGCUCGGCAGAAUUUUGCGAAAAUUCCCUCGCGAUUCGGCUUAACAGGGGUCAAGCUUUGAGAUAAAUUUAUUAUUUUGUUUCCGUAUAUAUUUUACUUACACCUUUAAUAUUACAAAUACUGAAAACCAUCUGUAUAUCUGAAACAAUAAAAAAAAAGCUCUUCAUCAAUUAACUACCAUCCACGAACUUCAUGAAAAACAGAAUUUAAUAAUAUUUUUUCUCUUUCGAACACAACAUAAUUGUCUUUUUUAAACAUGUUCUCGUUGCUAAUGGCCUCUCCAGAUUGCAGAUAAGGAAUUUCUCUCUGACAACCAGAUCUUGUGUCCCUUUCCAGGACAUUUCCAAGAGCCAUCCAUCAAUCAGAAAUGGAUUAUGUAAUAAAUGACGUACGUUGAUAGAUGACAAACUAUUUGACCGUCGCUGAAGGUCACGGGUGCUCAUUUUUAGUAUCAGAUGGAAUCUGUUCGCCUUGUGAUAUCUUUUUCUUUUGAAUUCCAUAUUAUCGGGCAAGUUCGAGGUACCUUAUGUUAUUUACGGGGUUGCUACCACGUACCUUUUUUUAGCGAGUCCUCGAUAUUUCGGCACUCGUUCAAGCGUCAAUAUCACGGAGUAACCGAAGUAAUUGCGGGUAGGAUGUUAUUAGCAAACUAUCGGUCUACCCUCUGACGAAGUCUUUUAUUGCGUUCAAUACCCGUACCACUGUUCAAGUCGCUGAUAAUUUCCUUACACCAUAGACUACAUAUAGUUUUUUUAACACACACCAAUUAGCCAUAGUUCAAAAGCAAGUUUCCCAUUUUCUUCUUUCGAAUAGCCUCCUAAACAGCUUUCAAUCUGGGUUUCGGUCGGGUCACAGCACGGUCUCUGCCUUAGUGAAUGUCACUGAUGAUAUACGCUGAUCAAUGGAAAACAAAGCGUUAACUGCACUAGUAUUGCUAGACUUUGGCAAUGCAUUUAAUUCUGUCGACUUCGAUAUUCUCCUUGCCAUUCUUCGUUCCUUAAACGUCUCUACUUCUGCUCUUUCUUGGUUCGGUUCAAUCUUCGGGGUCGCUCGCAGAAUGUUCGCCUUGAUGAUUUAACCUCUGAUGGGUGUGACCUCUGUGUUGGCGUACCUCAAGGAGGUGUUCUCUCACCACUCCUAUUCUCUAUUUUUAUUAAUUCUGUUACUAGAGUAAUUUCCUCCAAGUUUCAUCUCUACGCAGACGAUUUGCAGCUUUAUCGUCAUUUCGAUAUUGACGAAAUGGACUCCACGAUAGCAGCCAUUAAUGAAGACCUAAGCCGUAUUAGUACUUGGGCACAAUUUUAUGGUCUCUCAGUUAAUCCAAGUAAAUCCCAGGCAAUUAUCAUAGGGAGUAGGUUUAUGUCACGUUCCUGCCGUUCCUCUCACUUGCUGCCAGUGUCCAUAGGUGGAAUCAACAUCCCCUACAGCGACACGGUGAAAAAUCUCGGCGUCACUAUUGAUACCAACCUCUCAUGGACAGCUCACGUCGCUAACGUUAGUCGUAAAAUGUAUUUUUCGCUUCACUAAAAUUGCCCUUGCACAAUCUCUUAUUCUCCCACUUCUCGACUAUGCCGAUGUUUGUUAUUUAGACGCUACGGAGGCAUUACUUGAUCAACUUGAGCGCCUGCAGAAUCUUGCUAUUCGAUUCAUUUUUGGGCUUCGUAAGUAUGAUCACGUCUCCAACUUUCGAACGGAACUCAAGUGGCUCCCCAUACGUCUGCGCAGGAAUGUCAGAAUCCUUUGUUUCCUCUUCAAUAUCCUUUACAAUCCUUCUUAUCCUUCCUAUCUUCGGGAGAGGUUUUCUUUCACCCACUCGCCUAAUGUUCCUUGCAGGUCUCAUCUCAAAUCGGUCCUCAAAUGUCCUAUUCAUAAAACCGAAUUUGCGUCAUACUCUUUCACGGCACAUGCCGUCCGCUUAUGGAACUCGCUGCCAGCAGGAAUCAGAGACAGUCCAACUGUUGCUACAUUUAAAAAACGGUUGAAGGAACACUAUCUAUCCUCUCGACUCACUGUUUCCGAACUGUAUUGCUUCUCCUUUUAACACUUGUAAUUUCAAUUUAAUAUAUAUGUUUAUUAGUAUGUCUAUGUAGAUAUAUAUGUAGGUUUUGUUUAUAUAAGUAUUGUAUUUUGUUAUUUUUAUUCAGGAGGCACACACUGAGGACCUUUUAUUUUAUGUUUUUUCCUUUCGCGGGCCUGCUGGAAGAAAUUUCAAUAUGAAAUAAGCAGUGCCCUUGUACAAAUUUCUUGUUCCUGUUCUUAUCUAUUUUAUUGUGUGUGUACUUAAUUAGUAAAUAAAUAAAUAAAAUAGCUUGGCACCAGAGUAAGCACGAUAUAAGGCUUGUGUUAUGGGAUACUAGGGGAUAUAGUUUACGAUGCGCACAAAUAUUUGACCUCCUAACUUCACACUUAGUGAUCAUCACUGUAAAAUAGGUACUGACCAUCAGGGUGUUUGUCCUGAAAUUGUUCACUUGAAACUGUUCUCGACAUACAAGAUUUACAGUAUUGUAUCGUGACACGACACUUUUUUGAUUAUUCUAGUUUUGCACGUACUGACCACUGGUUUCCAGACACUCCAAAAUUUGAACCCUUCCUUACGAUUGAAAUUUUUAUAUUUUGUUAUUUCAAUCGAUCUGAGAUUGGUCUGGGAAGCAAUUUAAAAUAAAAAAAUUAUAGUUUUUGUAAUUGGAUAACUAUAACAUUUUAUCCAAAACAGAUAUUAUAGUUUUGAAAUAUCUGCCCUUAAUUACAUUAUGAACGUAACCUAUGUAACAUUAAUAAGACAUUCAGCACCUUCGAAUCCGGUACCUCAAGAUAAUUUUCUUAGAUGUAUGUAUAUUUGUAUGUAUGUAUAUAUAUAUAUAUAUAUAUAUAUAUAUAUAUAUAU